UUCACUGCAGAAGAGUAUAUUACUAACCAACAUGAAGCUCCAGCUUCAUCUGACGCUAGCAGGCCUUUUCUGCUCGGUCCUCGCAAUCCAAGAUGUUCUCAGCGAGGUUAAAGAUUCCAGGAAUGGGCUUCUCGAAGCUGGUGCCAAAAACCCACUCGACUCAGCCCUCGAGUUAUCCCCCACAUUCUCCCCCGCAGAGAUCUUCGACACCACCGAGAUCACCAAAUACCUGAAUAGCAUCAACGUCGACACCAUCCCCAACACCGACAGCUGGAUAAGCGGUUUUCUUGCCAGCAAUCUCUUCAACGAAAUCACCAAUGCCCCUUCUGACUUCGUCAACGAAAUCGAUGCCCGCACUGAGACUCACCCCAUUCAGAGCGACAAAACAAUCUACCAGCUCAUCUCAGAAAGCAAAUACACCAAUAUUCUCGCUAAAAUUAUCGACCAAGACCCCAAACUAGUCGAGUUUCUUAACUCUACCCACCACAAGAUCACUGUCUUUGCUCCAACUGACGAUGCGUUCCGCAAGAUUCUGCAUCAUCAUCACCACCGUCAUCAUGAUGGCCAUGACGGAAAUGGACACGAACGCGAUGGCGACGGCGACAAAGACCACCAUAUCCCGAAAGAAGUGAUUCGCUACUUCGCGAGCUACCACUCUUCCCCCGAGAUCCUUACCGCCGCAAAGCUCUUCCACGCUCAUACGGUCAAUAGCGCCCUGAACGAUUCCCUCCUCGGUACCGACAAGCACGAUAACGGUCUCCCGCAGCGUCUUGCCGUGCGCGCUGGCUUCAAAGGGCUGACAAUAAACUUCUACAGCCAUGUCGUUGCAGCGGAUAUUGGCGCAUCCAACGGCCUGAUCCACGGCCUCGACUCGAUUCUCCUCCCGCCACCGCCAGCCCUAUUGCUAUUAGACAUCCUCCCUACAAAGUUCUCAACAUUCAACCUAGGCUUGAUAAAAACAGGCCUAACCCAGUACCUGAACACCACAAAAGAAGAGUCAGCACACGGCUUCACAAUUUUCACCCCUUCAAACCGCGCCUUCGACCAUCUUGGGCUCCGGAUUAACGCGUUCCUCUUCUCCCCAUAUGGCAUUCCGUACCUCCGUGCAUUACUUAAGUACCAUAUCGUGCCGAAUCAAACGCUUUAUAGCGAUGUGCUCUAUACGUCUGACGGACAGAUUAAGCCGUUUGGAGUCAAGGGUUCAACGCAUUUAGAUCUGGAGACCCUGUUGGACGAUCAUGAGAUUAGUGUUGAUGUGGCGAGGUUCGGCCCGUACACGGGUUUCAAGGUGAAUGGAUGGCAGCGAGUAGCAUUUGCAGAUGUGCUGGGGAAAGAUGGGGUGAUUCAUGUUUUAAAUCGGGUUUUGAUUCCGCCGAAGAGGGUGGAGGGUAAAGUUAUAUUCGGGGAUGAGGGAGAAUUGGAGCUGGAGGAGUUUAUGGAGAGACUGAGACCUUGGGUUGAGGAGGAUGUUGGAAAUGAAAAGAGCGAUGGCUAUGCCACGGACCUGUGA